AUGGCAUCAAAUCACAUUUCAAAGCGAAAACCAAUUCACGCAAGUUUUACUUGCUUUUCGAGACCUUUACAAACAAGCUUUACGCUUCAUUUGAUUGUUUAUGUAGAAACAUUGAGCUUGAGAACAUGCAAGAUAGGAAUGGUCAUCGUUAAUAUUGUGGAAAUAAACAAAUUAACACAUUAAAACGGAACCUGAUAAGUGCGGAAGU